UCGUUGCAUUCCCAGCUGGAGCUGAAAUUCGCGAAGCGUCAUGCCCACGGUUCUCCGUCGGAGCGAUCAAUCCAGUCCGUCUCAUCUCACCGUCGCGCACAAUUCUCUUCCUCACGCGGUCAUAUGCAUUCUGGGUUUGCCUACAAUCGUAUGCUGUGUUGGGUUUUUGAUGGGUUCCUUGUUUUGAGGUUGAAGCUCGCACCGAUUCUACCCUCGCAAUUUGUCGUCGUAGCUUGUUCGUUGACCGAGUUCUAGAGCAUUUCUGGACUUGGGUUUUCAGUUUUGUGAGACAUCGUUGAGAGCUUCUGAUGUUAGUAGACCAGAUGGAGUAUCAGGGGCAACAAGGGAGUGGAGGACCGCAGGACGAUGCCUUUUAUGAACUGCUCUCUAGCACGGCGCUGGCGAACGCGAAGAAGCAGCAACAGCAGCAGCAUCAGUUCGAACAGCAGAAUCAUCAGCAGCAGCAACAGCAGCAGUUUGAUUCCCGGAGCGAGGAGGGGCUCCCGAAUUAUGACUUUCAAUCUACUUCGAGCUCCUACGGCGGUGUCGUAGCCAAUGGAGAGGAUAUGCGCAAGGCCCCCUCGGUUAUGCCCGUCGUCGAGUCCUCUCAUCCGCCCCAUUUCCCGACGUAUCCGCCUGGAUCUUCAUAUUCGAAUGCGCGGCAACAUCUUCCUGUUCCAUCGUUUGUGGAGUCAUCGCCCCCUAGACAGGAGAAAGGGAACGCUGAAGCUGCUACUGUAGCUGCGGUAGAGCAGACUAUGAAGAAGUAUGCCGAUGAUCUGAUGCGCAUGAUGGAGUCCAUGGCUGGGCGUAUUGGUCAAUUGGAGUCGUCGACUCGACGCUUGGAGCAAAUAAUGACCGACUUCAAGGGUGGAUCGGAGAAGAGCCAGGGUGUUUCAGGCGGCAAGCUCUUACUCAUCGAGACUAUGCUCUCUGAAGUACAACGUGGUGUACAGGAGCUACGCAAUAAACAGGAAGUUAUGGAUGCUCAAUCUACAAUUGGAAAGCUUCAACUGGGCGACGAGGGCGUUUCUUCCUCAGUCCACUCCCAAACGUCUUUGGAGCCACCACCGGCGCAAUCUCCGCGAGCUCCCCAAAUGCCAGAGACGCCACCUUAUCCGAUGGGACCGCUCCCUCAUGCUCCUCACCAUCCGCCCGGUCAUCUUCCACCUUACAUGGUGCCACCACAGUUGGUAGGUCUUGCUCCUCCUCCACCACCGCCUCCUGCGCCUGAGCCUCAUUACCAGCCUUCUCAGCAAGGCCCUCCUCCUCCUCCUCCUCCUCCUCCUCAGCAGUCUUACCACAGCCAGCAGCUGCAACAGCAAAGUACCCCGCCAUCUGCGCAUCCUCAUGGUCCAUUCCCUCAACCUCCUGAGCUUCCACCAUAUGGCGCAACACCACAAGGACCCUACAAGGGGCAAUCGGGGAGCUUCGGUCAGGAUGCUCCUCCACCGUCUUAUGGAGGUCGGCCGCACCAUAUGCCUCAGACUGGGCUUGGUGGGUCGCAAAUGUACGACCAGUCGGGUGGGAUACCACCCUACCAAUCUCAAGGUCGGCCUGCAGCCCCGGCUUAUGAUCAGCCAAUCGGGCUACCGCCUCCUGGAUACUUCAAUCCGGGGUACCGAAGUGGGCAGCAAACCCCGUCAGCUCCGAGUAGCGGAGCUGGAGGCUAUCCUCGGUUGCCAACAGCUCAGCCUGUGCAACACGCCAUGCCAACGGCGAGAGAGCGCGAAGGAGCUCAACCGUCUUCCGGUGCAACCCCUUUGUCAACAAACCGACUGUCUAUUGAUGAGGUGAUCGACAAGGUCGCAGUGAUGGGCUUUUCUAAGGACCAAGUGAGGGCGGUGGUGCGGAGGCUCACCGAGAAUGGCCAGUCUGUGGACCUGAACGUUGUUCUUGACAAGUUGAUGAACGGAGAUGGCGGAGCGCAGCCGCCGAAGGGUUGGUUCCAAAGGGGCUGAAAAUCUGCUUCUCUCUUUGGAUGCUAUUGGUCUGUUUCCAGUAAGUUGUAGGGGAUAGCAGUAGAUUUGUAGCAAUAGACUUCGAUUUUGUGUCUUUCAUGUAUAAGUCUGGUAUUUAUGUGUACAUACAUAAGAGGUGCUGGAUGCUCCUGUCCUGGAGUCCUCAGUUGAGCUGUUAAGUGUUAAUGUUGCUUGACAAAGUUGCUGGUGUACAUGGGAGUCUCUGAAACCUGCUAGCAUCAGUUUUCUGUUCACCUUCACAGAAUUUUGCUGAUUCGAGUCUUGUGCUUACAUAGUAAUAGAAGCCAUCGAAGGCAGCCAUGUGCGUUGUAACAAGACUGUUAAUCAAAGAGAUUUUUCAUGACCAUAUC